AUGAAUACGAUGCGAAGAGGCGGCUGGCUUGGAAGCGUUUUCUUGAAGAAGACCACCUUUGUCGACGGCUUGGUAUCCUCGUUCUUCGUUGGUGGGCGCACGACUCUCAGAUCGUUCACGUCGUCCGGGACGUCGUCCUCGUCUGCGGCUUCCAAUCCGCCGAAGGAUUGGACGAAUGCAACGAAAACGGGACACCUCCUCCGGAGGGAAAACCUGACGCGCUUGACGAAAGAUCUACACCUCAUGCUCGCAAACAGGAACAAAAUCGAAGGCCCGAACGUUCCAGACGCCAGAUCUGUGCUCGUCCCACUCGCACUCGUGGACGAGCAUCCGUGCGUCUUGUUGACCGUACAAUCCACGCAAUUCGGAACCCCUUUGUUGGCGUUUCCGAGAGGCCACCGAAGUCGACACAAUUCGGCUGCGUUGGAUAAAGACGCGGUGGCGCAAGCGUGCGAUCAAAUCGGAGGGAGAGAACCGUGGGCGAACCCGGAUAGGAUUGAAUAUUUAGGCACGCACCACGACGCGGUGAAUAGUAAAAGGACGUUGGCGAUUACGCCGGGGGUGGCGUAUUUCGGUUCGUUGACGAAACGGCAAGUGCAGGAGAGAAAUAGGAGCGCGAAUUGCGUGCUAGGAGUGGCGGCGAUUAAGAUCGAGGACUGUUUGGAACCAGACAACGUGAGCGUGGUCAAGUUAGAGGAAGAGGAGGGUAGCACUAGAAAUACUGUAGAAGAAGAUGGUGAUAAGGAAGAGGAGGAAGAGAGGAGCAUGGGACCGAUGCCGGCGUUUACGGUGCCUCGCGCGAACGUCGUCGGGUGGGGCGAGACGAGCGAACCGUUUGGACUGAAGAACUGUUUGAUUUGGGGGAGCGAUGCGGCGAUUUUGCACGGGGUGUUGAGAGUGAUCGUUGGGUCGGACGAAAGGUAUAAGCAACAGUUGUAUGGACAGUUUGAGAAGAUUCAGCGGGAAAUGAACGAGCAGGCGACCAAAGUAGUAGCUUGA